AUGGAGCAUUCAGAUUGCGCCUUCAUGGUGGACUAUGAGGCUAUCUAUGACAUUUGCUGCAGAAAUCUAGAUAUUGAGCGUCCCACAUAUACCAAUCUCAAUCGCCUUAUCAGUCAGAUAGUGUCCUCUAUUACAGCCUCUCUCAGAUUUGAUGGUACCCUGAAUGUUGAUCAUACUGAAUUCCAAACCAACUUGGUGCCCUAUCCUCAUAUUCAUUUCCCUCUGGCCACUUAUGCCCCUGUUAUUUCUGCAGAGAAAGCUUACCAUGAGCAGCUGACUGUGUCUGAUAUUACAAAUGCAUGA